GGCGGCGCGCUCGCUCCCGGGAGGCGCGCGCGCGCCCAGGGCGGUGGGGAGAGGAGCAAGCCGGGCCGGAGCCGAGCCGGGUGUGUGUGUUGGGGUGCGUGUGGCGUGAGCAGGAGCGUGUGUGAAGGAGGACAGGCGGCGGGAAGCGAGUGCGAGGGGCCAAGCCGAGCUGAUCCGCCGCGAUGAACACGGUUCUGUCGCGGGCGAACUCCCUGUUCGCCUUCUCGCUGAGCGUGAUGGCGGCGCUGACCUUCGGCUGCUUCAUCACCACCGCCUUCAAAGACAGAAGGGUCCCGGUCCGAGUCCACGUCUCCCGAAUCAUGCUAAAAAAUGUAGAAGACUUCACUGGACCUAGAGAACGAAGUGAUCUGGGAUUCAUUACAUUUGAUGUAACAGCUGAUCUAGAGAAUAUAUUUGAUUGGAAUGUAAAGCAGUUGUUUCUAUAUUUAUCAGCAGAAUAUUCGACAAAAAAUAAUGCUCUGAACCAGGUUGUCCUUUGGGACAAGAUCAUUCUGAGAGGCGAUAAUCCGAAGCUGCUGCUGAAAGAUAUGAAAUCAAAAUAUUUUUUCUUUGACGAUGGAAAUGGUCUCAAGGGAAACAGGAAUGUUACUUUAACCCUCUCUUGGAAUGUUGUACCAAAUGCUGGAAUUCUACCUCUUGUGACAGGAUCAGGACAUGUCUCUAUUCCAUUCCCAGAUACAUAUGAAAUAACAAAGAGUUAUUAUUAAAUUAUUAUUCUGAAUUUGAGCAACAUAUUUUUAUACUUAAUGAAUUUUAUCUCAUUUGCCCCAUCCCUUUGCUCCUUCUUGCUCCCUCUUCUUUUGCCCUAAAAGCAAGAGAAAACUUGCUUUUGGUUGUAACUUUUUUAAAAAUUAGGUUUCUUUUGGUUUUUGUUUUUUUUACAAGAGCCAACAUUGAAAAACAUAACUGAAAGGAAAGGUAAAAAGGUGACAAAAUUUUUUUGAAAUUGGCCACCUGAAUGAAGUAUUACCUUUCUUAUUAAUAAAAGUUGAAAAACCCUCAAA